CAACAACGUCAUAGUAGAGCAUCGAAGAUUCAUCGCGCAGGUCACAUUUACCGAGAAAGUUCGACUACGAUCUCAAACCAUUCUAUCUUUCCUUCCCUCGACGAAGAAUUACAGUAGCUACUCGGUCUUUCCUCAAUGAGGCCUUCCCUCGACCACCUUAGACGAAUGACCCCGGUUUACAAACAAGGCCGCAUUCAAAAUGAUGAGAUUUCUCCAGUAUUUGGUUACAACUUUAUGCAUGUGGUACAUCGCCUUCACCGGCGUCACUUCCACCCUCAUCUGCAGUGAGUGUCCGUCGGUCCAUCUCCAGCGAGCGCCAGGAAUUGGGAUCGACUUGACGGUAGCAUAUGGAACCGCAGCUAUUAACUUUCACAAUGGUACCAUACGCAACGUCGCAAAGAUAGAUGGGUCCCCGCAGUACAUUGCCGCAAUGAAGGCACUUGUGGCAGACUCGGAGCUCGUGUCGCGCAACGAAAGCAGUAAACUACCUGGCCUUGAAUUUAGCACCACCUCACGUCCAAUCAGUCUUUUCCCACUCGGUAUCCCGUUUCUCUAUCCCAGACCACAGAUAUCUUCCGACCGUCAAGUAAUCGCCAUCAAGUCCCUCCUCGUCGAACUCAAAACAGCAAUCAACGCCACAGCACGUCUUUCCUAUCCGUACAUUUACGUUUCUUACCCAGACACUAUCGCACAAGUCAAUACGCAUCGUGGACGCUUUGAUACUGCUGCUGAGGAAGCAGGCUUUGAUAUAGUGGGAGCGAGGGGAUCUUCACGAUCGAUUUUGUACGAUCAUCGGAUGCAUAGAUGCUGUAUUGUUGAAGAUGAAGAUGAGAGUUGUGUGGGUGAGCCAUGUGCCACAGAAGUCAAAGUUUUACUUGCCGUUUCGCUCACAGAGAAGAGCUUAGAGACAGCAGUCUUGACGCGAACGAUUGAUUCCUGGGCUAUGCCGGGGAGAAUUAAGACUGCAAUCAACGUUGGACUAGGACUGAGCUCAUCCAAGUACAUUGAUAACAAGUCGUAUUGGAGCAAGGUCAGAGAUGCGGUGAAAAAUAGCAUCGGAAAAGACAUGGUCGAUCGAGUAAUGUUCCUUGGUGAGCACUGGGAGAAUAAGGAACUGAGAGACACGGUGCACGAGGUACUUGCAGAAAAAGCUUCAGAUGGUUCUUUAGAUACUGCGCCCUUCGAGGAUAAGAUCUUAAAUACAAGCAGCGGUUUGUGGUCUGCGGCUCGUGGGAGCGCAGUGGCUGCUAAAGGACUGCUGUUGGAUCAUCUUGAUGGAUGCGUUCCUGACGACUCUUGUGAGAAGGUUGAGUAUCGUGAUGAACUCUAGUUGUAUCUUGUCUAGGAAUGAAAGUCAGCUUUUGAUAUCUUGCAGCAGAUCAUUCUGAGGCCAUGUGAGGAGCGAAAAGGUCAUGUAUGGGAAUGAUAAAAGAAAUAGAAAUGCUGUCAGUAUGAUGCUCGCUUCAUCCUAGCCUACGCAGAUCUAAAAUGCCGCCUCGCUAAGACCUCAAACGCCAAGUAGAAAGUAAACAAGUAACAGAACGCCGUUUGAUACCCAGAAAAAAGAAUUAAAACCAUCUCUCGAUACCGUCAAUUAUAGUAUACUAAAGUCACCAAAGGAACUUACGACCGCGCUGAAGCAGGAUGUUUUCUCAAGUUGAAAUUAAGCGCACCAGAGAUGUCGCCGCAAGCGCAGCAGUUGAUACACCAGAAUGUCUAUAAAUACCAUGCUGCUUAAAAUUGUUCCAGUCAAUGCCUCCUCAACGCCACACGUAGCGUAAACAAAGAACGUGCUGCCUGCAGCAGAGCCAUCAUCUCGGUCGACUGGAGUCUUGUUGCAGCAGUUUCCCAUACUGCUCCAGCUCGAGACACCCGCACUGCAUUUGACCGUGCCGCCAAACGGUCUAUCGAUAAGAACUUCUGUUGAUUCUGUGGCGAAAUUAUCACAUGUAGUGGCAAUACAUAUUCAUGCACUGGUUUGGUUGCAAUUGGCUUCGAGAUAUUGAAGUUGUCCUCAUUUGACGAAAAUUGGAACCCAAGUCCAAUGCCCACAGUCUUCCGCCUCCAACUCCUCAGUUCUCUCCAAACCCAUACUGGUAGAUACAGAAGGGGGUAAGAGUGUCAAAAUGGAGACUGGUAAAAAUGUGAAAGCGUUACGUUGAGAGAUCUCUUCUCUUGUAGUCCGACUGAUAUUUUUAUGAUCAAUUCUGCACUGUACAACAAAUGACCAGUGUGAGGUUUCCGAAACAAAUUG